AUGGCAUCCGUGCUGGUGACGAAGGUGCUGGCGUCCGCCCUGAGCCCUCUGCUCCGUCGGAGGCCUCCCCCGGCGAUGCCCCGCGCGCUCUCCACUCUGCUGCCCGGACCCCUUCACACUGCAGGUGCCGCUGGUGCGAAGCCCAGGGCGUGGGGGCCCGCGGGGCUGCCCGGCCUGCAGCUGCCCGGCCUGCAGCUUGCCCUGGGGUUCAAGACCAAGGGCGUCAUCAAGGAGCGCUGCAGGGACUGUUACCGGGUGAAGAGGCGCGGGCGCUGGUUCAUCUACUGCAAAACGAACCCAAGGCACAAGCAGAGACAGAUGUAG